AGGUUUUGAGCUAAUCCCAAGUUAAUUAUUUAAAUUUAUGUCAGAUUUAAAUUAAGUCUUAUUUAGAUUUGGUUUGGAUCCAAUCCAUGCUUAUUUACAGUUGACACCAGUGCACAAACAGGCCCAUAAGAAGGAAUUCAACAAAACUGAUCUGGGCUAAUGGUGGCCCAAAAUAUGAAAGCCUUUGUAAUUUCUCGCUGUUUUCCCGGCGGAAUCACGGUUAUCGUUUUACUACAUUUGUCGUCGUUCUCACUUCUCAAAGUUCUUGCCCAUCUUUGUCGCUUGCCCAUGGCGAUGGCGGGAAAAAUGAAUCUUGUGAGUAACAGUUCUAGAACUAGUGGUUAUUCGUCUAUCCAAUUUGGAAAUCUUAGACCAAUUCAUAUUGGAACUCUUAUGUUUCUUCAAGACCCAUCUGGGAAGUCUUUCCUUGUUGAUGAUGACAGUAAAAACGUUCCAAAUUUUAGCUAUCUUAUUAAUAGGAAAAUGGGGAUUGAUAGAAAUGUUGAUUCAUCUCAAUUAGAGAACUUACCAGUUGCAAAUCCUAUGAGCCAUCAGGAUGUUCAGUUUGAGGCCGAUUCUCUUAUUAUCAAAGCAUCUAAGUCUACUCGAAGUUACUCAAAGCAUGAGAUGGAUAUUGAAAAUGAGGAUUUUUUGGAAGAGCAAUCCAAUUUCAAACGAUCUCAUGGAAGGAAAAAGAGAAUUGAUCUAGGGUCAGAGCGGCUAAUAGGAAAUGUGUGUGCACCCCAACUUGGGGAUUCAUGUGUUUCAAGUUCUACAUCUUUUAGGGAUAAGGGUAAGCCUAAUUCAACACGAGUCGAAACAUCUCCCCAUGGCCAGAGAUAUUCCAAACAUGGAAUGAGUUAUAAGAAGUUAGAUUGUUCCAAAGGUUCUGGUCCAUCCAAACAUGGGAUGAGUCAUAAGAAAUUAGACUUUUCUGGAAGUUCGGGUUUGUUUAAUGUCAAACCAUUUGAUAUUUGUGUAUCCAGAAGUAGCUUUAGGCAUUAUACAGAAGACAAGGAAAACCAUAAUGAAUUGGAGCCGACUGAGGACAGAAGUAGACAGGAAGUACUGAGGCCUGGGAUGGUUCUUUUAAAACAAUACCUUCGACUUAAUGAACAGAUAGAAAUUGUGAAGACUUGUCAAGAACUUGGUAAGGGACCUGGUGGAUUUUAUCAGCCCGGUUACAAAGAUGGAGCAAAACUUCGGCUCCAUAUGAUGUGCCUUGGCCUUGAUUGGGAUCCUCAGACCCGUAAAUAUGAAAAACAGAGGCGUGUUGAUGGUUGUGAGCCCCCUCAUAUUCCUCAAUCUUUUAAUCAGUAUGUUCAUACAGCAAUCUCAGAUUCAUAUGCUCUAAUUAAAAAAGAAUUCAGACUAAUCAAUGUGGAAGACAUGCUUCCUGCAAUUUCUCCAAAUAUUGGUAUAGUGAACUUCUAUACUACCAGUGGGCGACUAGGUCUCCAUCAGGAUCGUGAUGAAAGCUGUGAGAGCCUCCGGAAAGGUUUACCUGUUGUAUCCUUCUCAAUAGGUGAUUCAGCAAAAUUCCUCUAUGGGGAUGAGAGGGACAUUGACAAAGCAGAAACAGUCGUUUUGGAAUCAGGGGAUGUGUUAAUAUUUGGUGGUGAGUCUAGACAUAUAUUUCACGGUGUGUCAUCCAUCAUCCCCAACUCAGCUCCUGGCUCUCUACUAAAACAGUCCAAUCUUCGUCCCGGCCGCCUCAAUCUAACCUUUAGACAGUAUUAAAAACCAUAAUCACUCUUCUAGCUGAGUUGAUUACAUUGAAUAUGGGUUAUGCAGAAAACUUGGCCUGCGUUCACAAAUAUGGUGGUUACAAUGUGUAACUUGGUUUUCAUUCUGUGAUUCAUCAAAUGGAGGAACAAAGCAUUUUGUUAGUGCAAAAUGGGGAAUCCCUUGUGGAAUAUUUUAUUUGCAUCCAUGGUCAUUGGUUAAUGAGAUCAUUUUCAGCCAUCAUUAAAUAACUGACUGGCAAAUCGUAAAAGAAUACAAAGACGGGUUAGACUGAAAUCUGAAUAUUCCUCGGCCGCGAAAUUUACCAGUGUUAAAAGCAUUCACAACAAGCAAAUUUCAAAGGGAAGCAAUAGCUCCAAUGUUAAGAUGCAUUCAGUAAAAAAUAAAAUAAGGAGAUUGAAGCGUGAAAGAUAUCAGGUAAGUUUACACAAUUAUUUGAUAGACAAGACACGUAUGGGUUACAUCAGUGGGGCUUCCCAAGAUAAGAUGCCCUGCUGUCAUAAAAUUUUAGGUGUAGUCCGGUUGGUGCAUAGCCAAGCCAAUAUUGGCAAGACAAUCUAAUCCGUCCAAUUGGCCCACCCCAUCUCUUUCAGUGUUGCUUUCAAAAAGCCUGUCUUUCUCUCUAAUUAUUUGUUUCAUCUGAAUGGAAAGCUUGUCCUCGAGAGGGGAUGCCAAUGAAAACCAAUUUCUUUUACUACUAUCAUGACUUGCGCAAAAGAAAUGUGGAAAUCCUACGCAGCAAAACAUAGCUAGACGUUUCUCUUGCUUUAGUUGUAAACUAUUGUUUUAUUUAUGCUGAGCAUCUUCCACGGCCACAUCUUGAAGUUGAGGUCGCUUUCGUUUGAUUUAUUUAUGCUGAGUGUUUUAAAACUUAGCUAGUUGUUGUGCUGGUAGGGACUCCAUUUUAAUCAGAAUGUAACGACGAAAAGAUGACCAGAUUCAUUAGCCCACUAAAUAUAUGCCAUAUUAUAUUCCAAGUUC